AUGGCUCCCAAAUUCGAUCCCAACGAAGUGAAGGAGAUAACACUUAGAGCGACCGGAGGAGAAGUAGGAGCAUCGUCAGCACUGGCGCCGAAGAUUGGCCCCCUCGGUCUUUCGCCUAAGAAAGUAGGAGAGGACAUCGCAAAAGCUACAGGGGACUGGAAAGGACUUCGCGUCACGGUCAAGCUCACUAUCCAAAAUCGUCAAGCCGCCGUUUCAGUUGUUCCUUCGGCCUCCUCCCUAGUAAUUAAGGCUCUAAAGGAACCACCGCGCGACCGUAAGAAAGAGAAGAACAUCAAGCACUCCAAAUCAAUACCUCUAGAGGAAAUUAUCAGCAUUGCUCGGACUAUGCGGUUCAAGUCGUUAGCAAAAGACCUCACAGGUACGGUGAAGGAAGUCCUUGGUACAGCUUUCAGCGUGGGCUGUCAAGUAGACGGAAAAUCUCCAAAGGACAUAUCUGAUGAAAUCGACAGCGGUGCUAUUGAAACCUCCAGUCGCUGCUGUGCUCCCUCCGAGUCAUUUCCAGAACUCAUCGACAAGCUCCAAGAUUUGGUCUCCAUUGGCUGGGCAGCUCUCCUCCGCUUCGGGCAGAUACGCCCGCCGCUGCUGUACCUCGCUCCUGCGCUGGACAGCCACCGUUCAGGGCAUCCCGUCAGGCUCGUCUCCUUACUCAAGAAGCUGCCUUUCUGUUUCACUGGAACACAACUUACAACAUAUCGGCCGAUGGCUCAGCCAGACGCUGCUGCCUUUUCACGGGAACAGAAUGCUAUUCGCAACAUGUUGCGAUGUACAUCAUUGUAUAUCUGA